AUGCGAGCAGGCGCCCCCGCCGGCGAUGCGGGCCCCAGCUCCGGCGUCGGUGCCGGGAGCAGUACGCCCGCUCGGCCACGGAGGUUCCCCGGGGCGGCGCAGCCGGAGAUCAUGCGAGCGGCGGAGAAGGACGACAGCUACGCAGCCCACGUCACGGAGGCAUGCCGCGACGCGUUCCGGCACCUCUUCGGUACCAGGGUUGCUGUUGCUUACCAGAAUGAGAUAAAAUUGCUUGGUCAAUCCCUUUACUACUUGCUAACAACUGGUUCAGGCCAGCAAACACUUGGCGAGGAAUAUUGUGAUAUAUCUCAGGUUGCUACCUUGCAUGGACUUCCACCUACUCCUGCAAGGCGGAUCCUAUUCAUUUUGUACCAAACUACUGUGCCCUAUCUUGCUGAACGGAUCAGCUCCAGAAUUGUUGCCCGUAGUAUUGCGCUCAAUGAAUCUCAGUUUGAUGAUCAUCCUGAAAGUGAUAAUUCUAGUAGUGACAUUGCACAAUCCAUCACAAAUAGUGGCAUUCCUUCAACAAGCUUAAGUGUUUCUGCUCUGUCAAGGUUAAGAGGCCGAGUUUAUGCCUUGUGGCAAUGGGUUCUUCAGAAAUGGCCUUCAAUGCUGCCAUAUGCUCAAGAUGUUAUACAGUUGGCUAUCCGGACAAAUCUAAUGUUCUUCUAUUUUGAAGGAUUGUAUUAUCAUUUGCCAAAGCGAGCAGCUGGUAUUCGCUAUGUAUUCAUUGGCAAGCCAAUGAAUCAAAGGCCUAGGUAUCAGAUCUUGGGUAUUUUUCUGUUGAUUCAGUUGUGUAUUCUCGGAGCUGAAAGACUCCGAAGAAGUAAUAUAUCGUCAAUAGCUAGUUCCAUUAAUCAAAUAUCAUCUGGAAGCUAUCCAUCGUCUACAGGUCGGGGCAUCCCUGUUCUAAAUGAAGAUGGAAAUAUCAUCAGCGACAUCCGCAGUGGUAAAGCUGCAGAUAUAGCUUCUCAUUCAGAGGCUUCCAGUGGCAAGAGCAAAUGCACCCUCUGUCUCAGCACCCGGCAAAAUCCUACUGCCACAACCUGUGGACAUGUUUUCUGCUGGUAA